AUGGAAGGACAGAAUGUAGACAAGAAGUUGAGUGACCUAAAGCAAGAGAUACAGGAUGGGAAUGCCAAGGAUUUCACUAUGUCAGAUACCGAACUAAUCAGAUUCAAGGGGCGUAUUUGUGUGCCAAACAGUGAUGAGCUGAGGAAAGAGAUUCUGGAAGAAGCUCAUACUACCCCAUAUUCAGUUCACCCUGGGACCACUAAGAUGUACCACGACCUUAAGGAUGAACUGGGAGAGAGAAAACUACUUGGACCUGAUGCAGUGCAAUACACCAAUGAGGCUAUUCAGAAAAUCAUGGCUAGAAUGGUCACAACUCUGAGCAGACAGAAAUCUUAUGUAGAUCUAAAGUGCAAGCAUGUUGAGUUUGAAGUUGGUGAUCAUGUAUUUUUGCGUGUGACUCCAAGGAAAGGAAUCUUGGUGAAGAGGUUUGGCAAGAAGGGAAAGCUAAGUCCCAGAUAUGUCAGACCUUUUGGGAUUUUGGAUAGAGUGGGCAAUGUGGCUUACAUGGAGGAUUUGUCAAUCGAUGAGCGUCCAAUGAAAAUACUCGAUCGAAAGGACAAAUUCCUAAGGAAUAAGACCAUUUCCUUGUUAAAGGUAUUGUGGAUGAACAGUGUUGUUGAGGAGGCAACCUGGGAAUUAGAGUUUGAUAUGCUGCAGCAGUAUCCUGAGUUGUUUGAAUAA